CGAAGAUGACGAAGAGUGGAAACACACGAUGGAUGAAGCUACAACUUGGAUGAUGCCACGAAGACUUAGAAGGCUGUUCGUUAGAAUACUUAUCCACUGUCAACCAGUUCACCCAAAAGAUCUUUGGGAAGAAUUCAAAGAUGAAAUGGCAGAGGAUUAUUCACGCAGGGAGGGAUCGUCGCGUGGCCGAGCACGAGCCUAUGCACAAAUCAGUGAAAUGUUGAAUGCAGAGGGUUGGAGUCUUUCUGAUUUUCCGGAAAUGGAACAAAGAAUAAUUAAUUUGAAAUCGAACAAUGAAUUACUUGAGGAAUCAUCUACAAUCGGAGUGCGACAGUAUGAAAAAUUAAAUUCUGAACAAAAAGAAAUUGUUGACGCCGUAUUGGAUUCGAUUAAUACAGCCGAAUACACAGGCGGCGCUUGCUUCUACAUCGAUGGCCAAGGUGGCUCUGGUAAAACUUACAUUUACAAAACUAUGUGGCAUUUAUUGAAAGCAAAAGGAAAAAAUGUGAUUACAAUGGCAUUCACGAGAAUUGCAGCAACAUUGUUACCACAGGGUAGAACAGUUCAUAAGACGUUCGGAUUACCUGUUCCCCUCUAUUCAGACUCAACAUUUGCAUAAAAGUUAAAUCUAAACAAGAAGAAUAUUUGAAAAAAAAAAAAAAGUUAUUGUCUGAGAUGAAGCUCGAAUGCCACAUAGGUAUGUACGUGUUAGAAGUAAUUGAUAAAACAUUACGCGAAAUAAUGAACGAUGAGAUACCAUUCGGUGGGAAGAUUUGGAUAAUGGGUGGCUAUUUCAGACAACUACUACCAAUAAAACUGAGAGGUACACGUAAUGAAACAAUUAACCUAUGGAUUAAAUGUAGUAUUCUACGUAAAUAAUUUAAAAAGUUCAAAUAAACGCAAAAUAUGUGAAAUUUAUCUGAUGAAGUAGAAUUUUCUGAAUCUAUAACAGAUCUUGUAUUAAUGAUGACAAAUUGAAUGAUGCUGAUGAUCACGUCAAUUGUGAUAAAAAUAAUGUAGACUGACAGAAAAAAACCUGUGUGUGAAGUGUAAUGAUAUGAGAUCGAGACAAAACUACGGGUGAAAAAUUAAUACGAUGAACGAAAUGAAAUGCGGAGCGCGCGCGUGCAGUGCUAGUGGAUAUAAAGAUAAAGUAAAAAAAAUCAAUUCAUGGACCUCAAUCGCGAGAAAUUUACAAAUAUCAGAUAUGUUUACUGUUUAGUUCACAUGUACUGAAAACGUAAUGUUAUUAAUAAACUUCAAUAUAAUCUUCAGCUGCGGAUGCAAGAAGAUGUUGGAAAGUGUUGAGGGAUCGUUUUUCAAAAACCAAAAAGAACCUUGACACCCCAUAAGGUUGGGCAGGGACUUUGAUCCAGUGUUUGUGGAAGCUUUCCGAUGCUUUAAAAUUCCUUUUGGCCCAUGUAGAGAGAAGAAGAACGAUUGGAAAUAUGAAAUGUCUACAACAAACCACAUUUGAUGAUAAUGACACCACAGAUGAAACGCCUGAGCCAGAAUUUUUAAAAGAUGAUGAAGAUGUACGACAAUAUCUAGCGAAUGUUGAACAAGCCGUACAGUCUGCAAAAAGACACAAAAAAAAUAGUCCAGCGCCAAGCCAUGCUAAAAGAAAUGACAGUGAUAGACCAACAGGAAAUACAAUUGAUAAACAAAUAGGUUUAACAUUGAGUGAAAUACAAAAAUUUUAUUCUGCAGUAAGUGUAGACAAAAGCCAUGAUCUCAAUUGAAAUUUCUGUACGUACAAUGAUAUAUGGAGCACUGGAAACAAAGUAAAAAAAAAAAAUAAAUAAGCAUACGCAAAUGCAAAUUACCCAGAUACUAUUCGAAAACGAGUCUGAGGACAGCGACGAAAGAAAUUAAUAUCAUUGCAGAAAAAAAAUGCUAUUAUCUACAAAUAUUUACCUAAGAAUCGAUGAGCCUAUUAAAGAACAAUUGCAAAUGCAAAAAGAGAGUAUAACACUGCACUAUUUUUUGUUAACAGUUUUUAUUACGUUAAUUUUCUACCUUUGUAAGAUACGUACAAUAAAGAUAUGAUUGAGUUAUAAUAAA